UAAGAUGGUAUUUUUUACAUGCAAUGCAUGUGGUGAAUCAGUGAAGAAGAUACAAGUGGAAAAGCACGUGUCUGCCUGCAGAAACUGUGAAUGCCUUUCUUGUAUCGACUGCGGAAAAGACUUCUGGGGCGACGACUACAAAAACCACGUGAAGUGCCUAAGUGAAGACCAGAAGUACGGCGGCAAAGGCUACGAAGGCAGAGCCCACAAAGGUGACGUGAAGCAGCAGGCGUGGAUUCAGAAAAUUAAUGAGUUAAUUAAGAAACCUAAUGUCAGCCCCAAAGUGAAAGAACUUCUAGAGCAAAUUAGUGCUUUUGACAAUGUGCCCCGGAAAAAGGCGAAAUUUCAGAACUGGAUGAAGAACAGCUUAAAAGUCUACAGUGAAUCCAUUCUGGAGCAGGUGUGGAGCAUCUUCUCUGAAGCUUCCAGCAGCAGUGAGCCUGGAAGUAAGGGGCAGGAGCAGCAGCCCCCCGAGCAGGGAGCCAAGCCACCCGCGGAAGUCACCGCCAAGCUUCCCCCAUCUCACACAAAUGGCCCCGCAGAAGAGCAGACACAGGCAAAGAAGAACAAAAGAGAAAAGAAGGAAGAACGACAAAAGAACAGGAAAAAAGAAAAGAAAGAACUGAAAUUAGAAAAUCACCAAGGCAAUUCCAAGAGUCAGAAGCCUAAGAAGCAUAAGAAGGGGCCAGAGAUGCAACAGGAGGCGGGUAGGGAGGAGGCCCUAAAGGCCAACGGCUCAGCAGGGAAGAAAGGAAAGAAGAAGCAGGGCCAGGGCAAGCACGCGGCGGAGGAGGACCAGGUUGUGGCCACCAAGGAUGAGAGCAAGCCCGCCCCGCGGAAGAGGAAGCGGAAGCACUCGGAAGUUGAAGUGGAUUCUAAGAAGAAAAAGGUGACAGUCCCAGGAGACUCUGAGGACGGAGAACAAGAAGACCAGGAGGCCCCUGCUAAAGGUAAAUUCAACUGGAAGGGAACCAUUAAGGCAGUUUUGAGGCAGGCCCCGGAGAAUGAAGUGUCGGUCAAGAAGCUGAGGAAGAAGGUCUUGGCUCAGUAUUACACCGUGACAAAUGACUGCCACAGGUCGGAGGAGGAGCUCCUGGUCAUCUUCAACAAGAAAAUCAGCAAGAACCCCAGCUUCCGGUUGUUAAAGGACAAAGUCAAGCUUCUGAAAUGAUGACUUCAGCAUUUAGAAGUUAAAUCCGUUGUGUUGGCGUCUUCCUUUCAGUGCUAUUUGUAAGAUGUGUAAUGAAUUAUAACAACCUCAAUUUUGCUUUCUAAAGCUCUAUUUUUAAGUUAAGGAAAAAUAUAUUUUUGUUAGAACUUUUAUGAAAAAAUAAAU